AUGAAUGGUGAUUUUGAGCCCUGGAAUAAGGGUAUGGACAUGCCGUUAGGUAAACCGAGACCUAGAUUCGUAGGUGAGACUGACCAAGAUCGAAUAUCUGGCAGUGGCACAAUCGAGGAUCCUGAACUGGUUUGGUUAGGGGCGAUCCCUAGCGAUACCAUAACCAGAGAAGCCAAUGAAGAUAUUGUACGGAAAGCAGCUCGAAGUCUCGAGACAGUAACAAACGUCUAUAUUAGAUGCGCUGUGCAGUCUACGAUGUACGUUGAUAGAAAUGGGAAGAGAAUCCAUAUUUGGAACCCUGAUCGUAUAAACUUCCGUAAUAGAACUAGGCGCACAGAUCCCCAUAUCGCCGUAGCUUUCGGUACUACCCCAGAUAAUCUAGUUCUAUAUGGCUUUAUUCACGUUGCUAUUGACGAAAACGGGAAGCCAGUUGACUUUGCAGCAUACCGGGAUAACAAAUACGUACUUGAUGGGGAUGACAGGGUCUUCGAACUAUUCAAAUAUAACGCAGACCAACGUGAUUGCGGACCAUAUUGUCCCAGUCAUGCAAGACAGGAGGUUUUAAUCGAUUCUUGCGAACUUGCAAUGCCUGCGGGGUGUCCUCUUCACAAUACAGAAGGGCUCCUUGACCACUUCUGUUUUCGAGCACGCUGGAAGACCGAAGGUUAUUGUGACCAUUAUUGCCCUUGCCUCCACGACACGAGUGAAUCAAUGGAUCACUAUUGUCCCUGCCCUCACGAUCAGGUAAGGUUGAUGGUUGACCUCCCUCAUUGUCCCCAUAUGAUGCCAAAAAAAGAACGGCCCGCCCAUUAUUGUCCUUCAUAUAUCUUCUAG